CUUCCAGUAUCGGACCUUCAAGACAUGCGCUUUUGGCCGGUGGCCUCCUCGCACAACAACACUCAAUGCUGGCCUCGCCCACCCUCCUCGAGCGCACCUCGGCAGCUCGAAGCGCCGCGGACUGCUUGCAGCCGCUCCAGCUUCCUGCGCGGCGGGCCUCGAGCUCGUCUGAGCCGCCUACCGCUGAGCGGCUCGCCGCGCUCAGCAGGCAGCAACUGACGCUGCCGCAGGGACCCGCUUCGGUGCGGUGUAGCGUCUCGUCCGCCGGGAGCCACGGCGCACGCUCGCGCGAGAACUCGGUCAGCGGUAGCGAGGCUGGCCGCGCCACCGCCUCCGCCGAGCCGUUUGCGCAACCGCCGGCUGAGUGGUGGCUGGCGUCGCUCUCGCGCGCCGACAUCGUGCUUCUGCUUGGCGGGUACCUCGUGCUCUUCAUCCGCUACCUCGUCUCCCAGCAGCUCGCCGGCUUCUUCACCGCCGUCGCCGACGACGCCGGCUUCUCGGCGACCUGGGUCGGACUCAUCUUCAUGGCGUACCCUCUCGGCAUGUCCCUCACCUCGCUUGCCGCGCCGUCGCUCGUGCGGCGCAUCGGCACACGCCGCGCUCUGACGGGCGGCUUGUGCGCGACGGUGCUCGCCAACCUCCUCUUUGGCCUCGUCCCAGACCUCUGCAGCCAGCCCCUGUCCACCGCAGCCGAGGGUGGGAGCGGCGCCGCUUGCCUCCGCUACGGCUUCUGGGGCGUCUACUUUGCAAACGGGCUGCUCGGUGCGGCGGCGGAGACGGCGAUCCUGAUCCUGCUCUCGGUCCGGUUCCGCUCCGCCAUUGGCACGGUGAUGGCCCACGUCAACACCGCCUCCACCUGCGGCUGCUUCGUCGGCUCCUUCCUCGGCGGAAUGCUCUACGACGCCGGCCCGGAAGGCGACCCGGCGAUGAAGUUCCGAAUCCCCUUCCUCGCGUCGACCGGCCUGGUCGCCGCCCUGCUGCCGCUGCGGUGGGUGGUGCCCGAGGAGCGACUGGAGGAGACCACCGCCAGCGCGGCACCGCUCCGCUCCGUCGCGUCGCUCUCGGUGGCGCUCGGGCUGCUCGCCAUCUUCCUCUCCUCGUGCGUCACCGGCACCCUCGACACGAACCUGCCGUACCGCCUCCAGGCGCCGCCCUUUUGGCUGAGCAUGACGGAGCUCUCCGCCGUCACGUCGCUCUCCUCGGCCGCCUACCUGGUCAUCAUGCUGCCGGUGGGGUGGGCGGCGGGCAAGCUCUCCUCCUCCUCGCGCGGGCUCAAGGCGGCCACCGGGGGCGGCUUCCUCCUCCUCGCAGCCGCCUUUGCACUGCUCGGGCCCAUUGCCGCGCUGAGGCCGCUCAACUGCACCGCCAGCGUCGUCGGGGCCAUGGUGCUGCGCGCUGUCGGAUCGGCCGUGUCGUCCAACUUUGUGUACCCCGACUUGGUGCAAGGCAUCCGCCAAGAGGACCACCAGCUGCAGGCCUCCAUCUCCACUCUGUGGAACGCAGCCUACGCCGUCGGCUGGGCAGCAGGCCCGUACGCGGGCGGGGCCAUCUACGCCGCAUUCGACCGCGCGCCGCUCUGCACGGUGCUGCAGCGCGGCCAGUGCGACGAGCCCGCCUCGGGCGCGCCGCCGCCGCCGUGCUCCUGCGAGUGGUCGCCGCGCAACGGCUUCACCGGCUUCGCCGACGUGACCGUCGCCGUCUGCGCCGCCUUCGCGGCCCUUCACUUGGUCGCCGCCGCCUUCGACGUGCACGACGAGCCGCCGCCAUCGCGCAAGCUGCUGCUGGUCGAGCCGCUGCGACCAAAUAGCCUCCACGAUCAGGGCGAAGGAGCCGCACCCCCGCCCGCCUCAGCCCCCUCCCUGGAGGGGCGGGCUGCAGACUCGCCCGGCGUGAGUUGACCCCACGCGGCGCGUGUGCCGUGCGGGAGAGAUUGCAGAUUCUGUCGUGAGAGAGUACUGUGAGGGUGUGAGGCCCCGUCACUGUGAGAGUGUGUGAGCGCCAGCGGUGUGACGCUGGUCGGUGCCAUAUAGAGAGCGCCGCGCGACCGCGCCCACGCAUCUGUCCGUUUAAUGUGUACUCAUGUAUUUUACACAGAGC